ACUACAGUUUCAGCAUUAAAUAUAAUUUCUCAGAUCUUUCUUUUCCGAUAAUUAUAUAUUGUAUACUUAUAAACUAUGAAUAUUAAAUAAGUUAUGACUUUGUUAAAAUGGAGUAAUCAACAGCUCCAAGGAAACGAUUUGAUUGGAUAUCUGUGAAAGCAUUAGGAAACUUUUAUUUGUUGAACGGAGCAAUGACAUCGAUAAAGAAAUGACAUCAAGAGGUUUCCUACUUUAAUUAGAGGUUAUGAAAUGGACAUCAGUGCAAAAUAAACAAAUGUUUACCAUUUAUUAUCGGUAAAAGUGAAAAGUUUCUGCAACUACAGAGUUACAGUACGCACAAGGUGUAUGAAGCAAAAUGGAUAUAUCUACAACAUAUCAGUAUAACAUUACCAAUUAUUCAACAUUGACUCCUCAAGUAGACAUGUUUAACACAACAGAACCCAGUAACAAAUCAACUAACAUUUGUGAAAAUGUUCAUGAUAAGAAAUAUGAUGAAACUAUACGACGUGCAUCUUUAUAUGUAAUGAUUAUCAUUGGAACAUUAGGAGGGAUUUUUGUGUUGUUAUGGAUGUGGAACAAUAGACGUCUGAACAGACGGAUGAAUAGUCUGUCACGGGUGAAUAGUUUCAUACUGAACUUGACAGUAGCCGAUUUGAUGGUUGUUCUGUUAGCCAUUUUACCACAGUUAAUAUGGGAAUAUCAGGAUCAGAGAGAAUGGCAUGCUGGUGCCUUUAUGUGUAAAUUUAUCAAGUUUCUUCAAAGUUUCACGAUGAUGGCUAGCACCAACGUUGUUGUUGUGAUAGCUAUUGACCGUCAUCUAGCUAUCAGGGCUCCGCUCAAAAAAAUAUCCGUUUGGAAAAUGUCUGGCUGUGCAUGGACAGUAGCAGUUGUAGCCUCGUUACCAAUGUUUUACGUGUUUAGAUUAGUAGAGCACGGUGACCGGAGUCAAUGUGAAAAUAUAUUUCGGACAACGCCAAAGUCGCAUCGACAGGCAUUUCUCACUUAUAUUGGUAUCAUAGUAUUCGUAAUUCCUUUCGUCAUUUUAAUAUUUUGCUAUACAAGAAUAUUUUUAAAAAUUGCUCGAAAAGCAAGAGAAAGUAGAAAAUCUAGACAAGUAAUUAAACCCGGCAAAAUUCACUUACAAAGCACACAGUCAAGCUCACUACCAAAGGCAAAAGUUAAAACUCUGAAAAUGACAUUUGUUAUAGUAGCGGUAUAUGCUGUUUGUGGAUUACCGUACUUUAUAGCCGAGAUGAUUAUGUCAUACGGGGAUCAUUGUGUCAUAUCACCUCUAGUUUAUGGACUUUUAGGGUCGUUAGCUGUUGCUAACUCAACUGCUAACCCAUACGUCUUCUUACUUUUCAACACUAAUUGUAAAAUGAGUGAUUUGAGGAGAGGUCCUUCAGAUGGCAUUGGGACACAGAAGACUUGCGUGUAUUCAACAACUAGCACGAGAUCUUUUCACGACUCAAAAACUGCAUCUGUCAAUUAUAAAUGGUCCUCCAUUAAAGAUAAUCACGUUGAACUGUCGAACAUUCGAUGAAAUGUACAUCAUUUACACGCUAGUUAUCGUAAUGUAUUCAUCGUUAGUAAGGGUGUUAUCAAAUGUAUG